UUAUUAGAGAAGAAGUUUCUGUUCAUUUGGCCUAAGCUUUCUCUCUACUUGAAUUCUUUCUGCCUCCGUACUGCCUGCUUCAGAAAGAAAGAAAGAAACAGGGAACAAAAAAAGUUGCCAUCCUUUUCUUCCCCUUCUUCUUCUUCUUCACGAUCUUCCUGUUUUUGUUGCGGGAAUUUGAUCGAUUAUCUCGGUUUUGGUUUCGCUAAUUUAGUAAAGGAGAGAUUUUUACUCGAUUUGAGGAGACCGCCGGAGGAAUUUGCAGUUAAAGGUGAGAUUUUUACCAGUGUGAAGAGAGGAUGAGGGCGGAGCUGAGCACAAUCCAGCAGAUGCUAACGCCGGAGGCGGCGAGCGUGCUUGCUCGCUCCAUCGUGGAGGCGGUGCAGAGGAAGCACGGGCGGAUCACGCCCCUCCACGUAGCUGCCGUUCUUCUGGCCGCGCCCUCCGGCAUCCUCAGGCGGUCCUGCUUGAGCUCUCACCCCGACUCCGCCUCCCACCCGCUUCGUUGCCGCGCUCUCGAGCUCUGCUUCUCCGUGGCGCUCGAUCGCCUGCCCUCUGACGGCGGCCGGGACGCCGCCCAGCCGCCGAUGUCGAACGCGCUGAAGGCGGCGCUCAAGCGCGCGCAGGCCAACCAGCGUCGCGGGUGCCCCGAGCAGCCGCAACAACCGGCCGCGCCGCUGCUGGCUGUCAAGGUCGAGCUCGACCAGCUCGUCGUCUCCAUCCUCGAUGACCCUCAGGUCAGCCGCGUCAUGCGGGAGGCCGGCUUCUCCUCAACCGUCGUCAAGGCCGUCGUCGAGCAAUCACUAUCCUCGUCUUCCUCCAACUCCUCCUCCACCUCAUCUACUAUCACCGCCGCAGUGCUUUCCACCACCACUUCCCCUGUUUCUCCUGUUCCGCCUUCCCCUGCCCACCUCUAUGUGAACCCCCGCCUCUUCAAUGGAAGCGGCGCAGCUGCCACAGCCAGCAUCGAGCAACCGCGAACGGAGGAGGUCAAAAGGGUCAUGAGCACACUAUCACGAUCCAAGAAACGAAAUCCAGUUCUCGUCAGCGAUAUCGAUCCGGAGGCCGUUAUCCAGGACGUGAUCCAAAAAAUCGAGUCCGGCGCCGCCCCGCCGCCGCUCCACACCGCCAAAGUUGUCUCUUUUGGCAAAGAUUUCUCCGCUGCCAUGGCCUCCGGCGUCAAAUCCUGGAUCGCCGCAAAGAUACGAGAGUUAGGCAGCAUCCUCGAGUCUCAACUCAUCGGUGGAGACCACGGCGUGGUGGUCGAUAUCGGAGACCUCAAGUGGCUGGUGGACAGCUCCGUUCGGCCCCCGACGAUGACUUUAUCGAAGAUCAACGCACAGCAGACCGUCUCCGAAACUGCCCACACCGCAGUGGCGGAGAUGGCGACACUUCUCCAAUCGUUCCGCGACCGCGGCCGGCAGAUUUGGCUACUCGGCACGGCGACGUGGACGACGUACCUCCGGUGCCAAGUCUACCACCCGACGAUGGAGGACGACUGGGAUCUGCAGGCGGUGCAAAUGGCUCCAAGCUUCCAAAAUUUUCCAAGGACUUGUAAGCAAAUUCCAGUGACUAUAAACUCUGCAACAAACACAGGGAUGUGCGCACUUUGCACCGAGGGCUACAGGCACGACAUUACCAAGGGAAGCCACCAACCUGCUCCAAAGGUAGACGAGAACAGAGCAUUGCCGCCAUGGCUGCAGCUGGCCAAGCGCUGCAAUGAAUCCGGCACAACCGAUCAUGUUCAGCACAAGGAAACGCUGCUGAAGAAAUGGCAACACAUUUGCUCUCGGCUUCACUCCAAAGCCUCUCCUCCUUCUCCGUUGCUUCUCUGUUCAGGAAACUCACCGGCUAUACCACUUGUUGAGAUAUCAGUGAAGACUGAUCUUGUACUUGGCAAUUCUGCAACCUGCAAUCCGAACGAGCCCAAGAAAGUAGAGUUCUUGAACCAGAAGAAGACUAAUUUCGCCGGCGUUUCUGAUAUCGACGCCUUCAAGAGGUUGUACAAGGGGCUCCUGGACAAGGUCAGCUGGCAGCCGGAAGUGGCCUCCGCCAUGGCCGCUACCGUGCUAAGACUCAAGUCCGAAAGCAGGAGGAGAGGCCAUUCCUGGCUUCUCUAUCUGGGGCCUGACAAGAUUGGCAAGCGGAAGAUGGCCACUGCGUUAUCGGAGCUGGUAUUCGGCACUCCUCCAGUCGUCGUCAAGCUCGGCGGCGAUGCUGAGGAGGAAGGAGAGUGCACCGUGAGCUCCUCCCGUGGGCGGACGUUGAUGGAUCGAGUAGUGGAGGCGAUCCGGAAGAACCCGUUCGCGGUGGUGCUCGUUGAGGAAUUUGACCGAACAAAUGAUGUGCUGGUAAGGGGAAGCAUAAAGAGGGCGAUGGAACAGGGGAGGAUGGUGGAUUCGCAUGGACGAGAGAUCAGCUUGGGAAGUGCGAUAUUCAUCGUGACGUCGAGUUGGCUUCCGGAAGAGUUCAAGAAAUCUCACAAGUCUUUGAUCGAAUGCGAGGAGAAGAUCCUCCGAGCGGCAGCGCGGGGGCGGUGGCUCGAGCUCUCGGCGGAGAAAACCACUUCGAAACGAUGCGUCGAUUGGCUCCGGCACGGUGCUCCGCCGACGAAGCUACGACGGCCGCUUUCGCUGGACCUCAAUCUGGCCAUGGGGAUGGCGGAGGAGGCCGAUCCCGGUGAGGGGUCGAGCGACGUGACUGUGGAGCGUGAUGUCAGCAAGGAGCGGCUCGACGUCAAGCAAUCGACCUCGUCCGUGGCUGCAGAGAUGGCCGAGCUGGCGGAUGGCGCGGUGGUGUUCGAGCCGGUGGACUUCUCGCCGAUGCGGCGUCGAGCGGCGGAGGCGAUAUCGAGCAUCUAUGCGGCCGUAAUGGGGGAUAAGUGGUCAAUAAGGGUCGACGAGGAGGCCACCGACCGGGUCGUGGGCUGUGCGUGGAUCGCCGGCGAGAAGCUCGACGAAUGGUCUGAGAGAGUACUAACUCCUCGCUUUAAGGAAUUAAAGGGCAGAUUGAAGACGGCUGAGGGAGCGGUGGGCGUCCGCCUAUCGGUAAUGGAAGGCAGCGAGGCGGCGAAGGCGAGCAGUAGCCGCAGCGAACGGGAUUGGACGCCGGCGGUGAGGGUUGCGGUCGAAGGGGCGUAGAGUUUAAAAUUAUGGAAUAUUUGAGGGUGGAUUUGUACACGUAAACAUUAUAGUAAUUUUCUUUUUCAUUUCGUUAAUUCGGCGAUAAUAACAUAUAUAAACUAUACAAAUUCAAUUU